AUGGAGCAUAUUCGAAAAUUGAAUCAGAUGAUUGGUUUUGGUGCCUGUGGCACCGUGUAUUUGGGUCUUGAUGAGCAAACAGGGCGACUUGUUGCCAUAAAAGAAAUACCCUAUUGCGACAUUUCCACGGCGGCGGGCCAUGACAAUGUUGAGGAGGUGGAUGAGGAACGACGAGCAGCCCAAGAUGCUGCAGCUGCGCAUAUCUUAAGAGAAAUACGCGUUAUGCAGUGCUGUCGGCACCCGUGUCUGGUUGCCUAUUACGGUGUGCGACGUAGCAAAGUCGGUGUGCAGCUGCUGAUGGAGUACGUUGGCGGUGGCUCUAUGGAACGGCUCCUAUUGCUUCGUAAGAAGCUCCCAGAGGGCGUCGUGCGGCUCUAUACUCGGGAUGUUCUCGAAGGGUUGGCCUAUCUACAUGAGGUUGCUCAUGUUUGUCAUCGUGAUAUCAAGCCUGGUAAUAUAUUGCUCACACCAGAGGGGCGAUGCAAAUUGGUUGACUUUGGGGUGGCUAAACCCUUUUCUGGCGAAACAGUCGAAGAUAAAGAUGAUUCUGUAAAGCAGCGAUUCAUGAUGACGGUCGUGGGAACGCCGUGGUAUAUGGCCCCGGAGGUUAUCAUGGGCGGACAGGUAGACGAGGACGACUGCGAGAAUAUGUUUGGGCGUUACGACCCCAUAAGGGGUGUAUCUUACCGAGGUAGCAGUAGUGGGCCGCCGCUUAAUACGACAUCUUCGUCAUCGCAGCCUCAGCGGGUGGUCGGCUCAGUUGGCUAUACUAUCAGCUCCGAUAUAUGGAGCAUGGGAGUGACAGUAUAUGAGCUAAUCAGCGGAAAGAAACCCUUCGGAAACAGCAUGCGCAACCCAGCCGCCGCUCUUUUUAGUGUUCUACAAUCAGCGAAGUAUCCCCCUCAGCUUCCUGAAAAUUGCGAUGCUUCACAGCAGCUCAAGAGCUUCCUGAAGCUAUGCUUUGUCUACGACAAAGAUCUGAGACCCUCUGCAAAGGAGUUGCUAUCUCAUCCAUGGAUCACAUCGGUGGGUACUACAAGCGUCGAAAGCCCUCGCGUCACUACUGUUCACACAGACGACUCUGCACCUAUAGCUAAGAUGCUGGAUGUUGUGGAUUUACCUACCAUUAUCCGGCCGCUCAUGUCGGAAAGGGAUAGGCGGCAAUCACAAAGUAGCACGCCACAGAAGAAUCGUAGUAUCAACUAA